AGCACAGACCGUGCUAGUGGAUCCCUGAGACCUACUUGCCCACUCUCAAAUGGCAGCGAGGACCUCUUCAGCAGUAUAUACUCCUGUACUCUAGUGGAACAUCUGUAAGACUCCUACUGUGGCAGCUUGGGGUGAGAUCCAGGCGUGUGAGGAAGAGGCUAUCUGUGUCAUUAUGUGUGCGUCAGUCAAGUAUAAUAUUCGGGGUCCUGCCCUCAUCCCAAGAAUGAAGACCAAGCACCGGUUCUACUAUGUCACCCUCUUCUCCAUUGUCCUCCUGGGUCUUAUUGCCACAGGCGUGUUUCAGUUCUGGCCCCACUCCAUCGAGUCCUCCGGUGAUGGGGGUGUGGAGAAACGCAGCAUUAAGGAAGUGCCUGUGGUCAGGUUGCCAGCUGCCAGCCCUAUCCCAGAGCGGGGGGAUCUCAGCUGUAGAAUGCACACAUGUUUUGAUGUCUACCGUUGUGGCUUCAACCCAAAGAACAAAAUCAAGGUGUACAUCUAUCCUCUGAAAAAGUACGUGGAUGAUGCAGGUGUCCCAGUGAGCAGCACCAUUUCCCGGGAGUACAACGAACUGUUAGCAGCUAUCUCAGACAGUGACUACUACACGGAUGACAUCAGCCGGGCCUGUCUGUUUGUCCCCUCCAUUGAUGUGCUGAACCAAAGCCCGCUUCGCAUCAAGGAGACAGCACAGGCUCUGGCCCAGCUUUCCAGGUGGGAUCGAGGAACAAAUCACCUGCUGUUCAACAUGUUGCCUGGAGGUCCCCCAGAUUAUAACACUGCCCUGGAUGUCCCCAGAGACAGGGCGUUGUUGGCAGGUGGCGGCUUUUCUACUUGGACUUACCGGCAGGGCUAUGAUGUCAGCAUUCCUGUCUUCAGCCCGCUGUCAACCGAGGUGGCUCUCCCAGAGAAAGCACCAGGUCCCCGGCGGUACUUCCUGCUGUCCUCUCAGAUGGCCAUCCAUCCCGAGUACAGAGAGGACCUGGAAGCCCUCCAGGCCAAACACAGAGAGUCGGUGUUGGUCCUAGACAAGUGCACCAAUCUCUCGGAGGGUGUCCUUUCUGUCCGCAAGCGCUGCCACCAACACCAAGUCUUUGAUUACCCUCAAGUGCUACAGGAGGCUACUUUUUGUGUGGUCCUUCGAGGAGCUCGGCUGGGGCAGGCAGUGCUGAGUGAUGUGUUACAGGCUGGCUGUGUCCCGGUUGUCAUUGCAGACUCCUAUAUUCUGCCCUUCUCUGAAGUUCUUGACUGGAAGAGGGCGUCCGUGGUGGUCCCGGAGGAAAAGAUGUCAGACAUGUACAGCAUCCUGCAGAACAUCCCACAAAGGCAGAUUGAAGAGAUGCAGAGACAGCUGAGCCUAAGUGAGACAUUGCUAUUUCCCCAGAUCUGCUUCUCUAGCAACCUUCAGGAAAAAAGGACAUUUGAUGUGGCCACAGGUAUAAUCUUUGGAAUUGCACGAUGGUUCUGGGAAGCAUACUUCCAGUCCAUUAAAGCCAUUGCCCUGGCUACCCUGCAGAUCAUCAAUGACAGGAUCUAUCCAUAUGCAGCCAUCUCCUAUGAAGAGUGGAAUGAUCCUCCUACCGUGAAGUGGACUAGUGUGAGCAACCCUCUCUUCCUCCCGCUGAUUCCACCACAGUCACAAGGCUUCACCGCCAUCGUCCUCACCUAUGACCGUGUGGAGAGCCUCUUCCGGGUCAUCACCGAGGUGUCCAAGGUGCCCAGUCUGUCCAAGCUUCUGGUGGUGUGGAACAAUCAGAAUAAAAAUCCCCCAGAAGAAUCUCUCUGGCCCAAAAUUCGUGUUCCCUUGAAAGUUGUAAGGACUGCAGAAAACAAGCUGAGUAAUCGUUUCUUCCCGUAUGAUGAAAUUGAGACAGAGGCUGUCCUGGCCAUCGAUGAUGACAUCAUCAUGCUGACCUCCGAUGAGCUGCAGUUUGGUUAUGAGGUCUGGCGGGAGUUUCCUGACCGGCUAGUGGGCUACCCAGGCCGCCUGCAUCUCUGGGACCAUGAGAUGAACAAGUGGAAGUAUGAGUCUGAGUGGACCAAUGAGGUGUCCAUGGUGCUCACGGGUGCAGCUUUCUAUCACAAGUAUUUUAAUUACCUGUAUACCUACAAAAUGCCUGGGGACAUCAAGAACUGGGUGGAUGCUCACAUGAACUGUGAAGAUAUUGCCAUGAAUUUCCUGGUGGCCAACGUUACAGGGAAAGCUGUCAUUAAGGUAACUCCAAGAAAGAAGUUCAAGUGUCCAGAGUGCACAGCCAUCGAUGGGCUCUCACUAGACCAGACUCACAUGGUAGAAAGGUCUGAAUGCAUCAAUAAGUUUGCUUCCGUCUUCGGGACCAUGCCCCUCAAGGUGGUGGAGCACCGAGCUGAUCCAGUGCUCUACAAAGAUGACUUCCCUGAGAAACUGAAGAGCUUUCCCAACAUCGGCAGCUUAUGAAGCUUGCCACUACCCAGGGCUGUGGAAGAGCCCAGCUAGGCCCUGCAGCACUCACUGUGGGGCAGAGGCCAGCCUGGGUCAAAAUUCCCCGAACACACUGGAGCCUCUUGAUCUGUGCAGCUUGCUUUGUCCUCCUGUCUCCAAUGGACUCUGUGGAAAUGCCAAAGGAAGGAAGUCUCAGGGACGAGCUGCAGUUUUGAGCCCAGUGUAUAGCUUUUGGCUUGUGAACCCAGUUGACCACCUCACUGGCCCUACAGCUGCCUUAGAGAAGAGGGCUGUGGUGACUGUCCAGUUUUAGAUCCAGAAGUCACAGCAGAGGCAUUCGGUCAUUCUGCAUCAGCAGACUCUGGAGGAACAGCCAAGCCUAAAACGUGCUACAGAUCUCAAUACCUCUGAGGGUUAGAACUGUGCUUGGACCCGAGUCACAAUCCUGGGUACAUAGCAGAAGAACACAGGCUGCCAAGAUGCGUCCUGACAGUCCCUGAACAACUCUUUGUUUUGGCGUUUUGAUAUUAUUAAAAUUAUUUUUUACUCCUUUUU